AUGGCUUCUGUAAAAGUCCUUGCAAUUUUGUGUCUUGUGGCAUUGUUAGCACGUGAAGGACAUUCAUUUAAGUGCUACACUUGCGACAACGACAAUUGCGGAGAUCCUUAUGAAACAAAAGAAGAAAAUCUAAAAGUAUGUACAGGACCAACAACUACGCCGACCGGCGGAACUACCCACAACCCUACCACUGAGCCAACCGGCGGAUCUACCAGCAAACCUGGCCCGACCACUACAGGCAAGCCUGGCCCGACUACUACCGGCAAGCCAGGCCCGACUACUACCGGCAAACCUGGCCAAACUACUACCGACAAACCUGGCCAGACUACUACCGACAAACCUGGCCAGACUACUACCGACAAACCUGGCCAGACUACUACCGACAAACCUGGCCAGACUACUACCGACAAACCUGACACAAGUACUACCGACAAACCUGACACAAGUACUACCGACAAACCUGGCCAGCCUACUACUGACAAACCUGGCCAGCCUACUACCGACAAACCUGGCCAGCCUACUACCGACAAACCUGGCCAGCCUACUACCGACAAACCUGGCCAGCCUACUACCGACAAACCUGGCCAGACUACUACCGACAAACCUGGCCAGCCUACUACCGACAAACCUGGCCAGCCUACUACCGACAAACCUGGCCAGCCUACUACCGACAAACCUGGCCAGCCUACUACCGACAAACCUGGCCAGCCUACUACCGACAAACCUGGCCAGACUACUACCGACAAACCUGGCCAGCCUACUACCGACAAACCUGGCCAGCCUACUACCGACAAACCUGGCCAGCCUACUACCGACAAACCUGGCCAGCCUACUACCGACAAACCUGGCCAGCCUACUACCGACAAACCUGGCCAGACUACUACCGACAAACCUGGCCAGACUACUACCGACAAACCUGGCCAGACUACUACCGACAAACCUGGCCAGACUACUACCGACAAACCCAGCCAGAUUACUACCGACAAAUCUGAAUCAAUUACUAAUGACAAAUCUAAAAUCAUCGAUGCCCGUGAUUACAACACUGUUAUUCACCUGCGUCGCAGCAAACGGGAAUCAGAAGCUUCAGAAGAGUUCAAAUGCUUCAAACAACUCGUUAAACACGGUCAGUUGGAACCUUAUAAAGUCUAA